AUGUUGGCAACACGUGACAUGCUUCAGAGCACGUUUCUGCCUGGGACUGCCUGGGAGGGAAACAGCCAGGCAGAUAAGGACUUUUCUGUUUGAAUACCACCUCUGGAAAGCUGCAGAAGAUCCAGGUGAGCUUAUGUUUCUCUGUCCCAGGUUUUGAGGCAUAGUAUGGAUUUGACACAAUCACAACAUCAUCAUUUACAAAAUGAUCUGGUAGGAGAAUUGGGAAGACAUGAAGGGGAAGAAGAAGAUGAACAGAUAGUUGCAGAAAUCAUGAAAAGGCGUUUUUUUCCUGCUCUUUUAACUCAUAGGACCUGGGAAGGCUUUCACUUUGUUGGCCACGAGAUAAGAAUUACAGAAGCCACUGAUUGUUACGGAGCAGUCGUCUGGCCAUCGGCUCUUGUUCUGUGUUAUUUUUUGGAAACUAAUUCUAAACAAUACAAUUUGGUUGACAAAAAUGUGAUUGAAAUUGGAGCUGGAACUGGGUUGGUCUCCAUAGUAGCCAGUUUACUGGGAGCACUAGUUACUGCCACGGAUUUGCCGGAACUUCUGGGAAACCUUCAGCACAAUGUUCUCCAAAAUACAAAGCUGAAAUGCAAGCACCAGCCUUGUGUUAAGGAAUUGUCUUGGGGAACUGACUUAGAAAAGAACUUUCCUAGGUCCUCCUGUCACUUUGACUACAUUAUGGCUGCUGAUGUAGUUUACCACCAUCCUUUCCUUGAUGAACUACUCGUAACAUUUGAUCACUUAUGCAAGAAGGACACUGUUAUUCUUUGGGCUAUGAAAUUUAGAUUUGACAAAGAAAACCAAUUUGUGGGCAGAUUUCAGGCACUGUUUGACUUAGAAGUGAUUUCUAAUUUCCCCAGUUUGAACAUAACCUUGUAUAAGGCAAUGAGGAAAGGUAGAAUGAAAGACAGACCUUCCAAACCAACAGACUGAAAACAAGGUACAGGGAGGUGACAGUUUCUGCUCUUCUGCAGCUUCUUUCCUUUUGACCAAUUUUUGUAUUAGUAAAUGCUAACAUCUGCAUGAGUAACAUUUCUAGAGAAAUCUAAAACAAAACAUAAAUUCCCAGUGCAUCCCUAACAAAUCCCUCAAUUCAAUUUGCCAUUAGUUUUGUACACAAAAUAAAUGUAUCUCUGAUGCUUUCUUGACUUUUAUGUACUAAGCUGACAGCACUAAUAAGACUUACCAUUAUGCUUACAGGUUGUGCAAUGAGUAUUUACAAUAUAUUCCAGUUGCAUCUUUGAAAGUCUUCUAAGAUCAAAUGAUUACUUAAAACUUUAGACUAUGAUAUAUCUUUGCAUUUAAAAUCUGUGGUGUUAAAUUUGAUCUUUCUCUAUUCUCACUGUUGUGUAAAUCCUUUCAGCAGCCUUUAUAUUAAAUUUGACUAAAUUAGCUGACAGCCCUCCCCCAACUCCCCCUUGUCCCCCUUUGGGAAAUAUGUUGUCAAAUAAGGGGACAGAAUAUAUCAGUUAUCCUUUGAUUUAUUUAUUAUAUUUUCUUCCCGUUUAAGUUUUUAUUUAGAUUUAGGGAUUCUUCAACAGAAAACUGUGCAUGAAGGAGUUAAAUGGUUUGUUGCUUGAAAAAAGCCUUGGGUAAAAAGACUACAGCAUAUCACUAAUUACCCUUUACAAAGACUUAAAAUUCUUGAAGGUUUGCUCCUCCGAAAAUAAACAGUCAUCUGGACAUCAUGGAACAACAAUGGAAAACUGACGGUGGCCAUCAAGAGAGGAGUUUUGCACUGCUGGUUGGUGGGGACUGGAAGUAGAAAACUAAGUCAGUCUGACAUGGUGUGGCUGAGGCAUGGGCAGGCUUAGGUGUUUUUUGUUUGGUUGGUUGGUUGGUUUUUUGUAAUAUGGACAAACAAAAUACUUCUAAUCACUCAGGAUUCUGUGUUCCUGUUUUCAGUGCUCAGAUUAGUGUCCCUGAAAGGCUAUAAAUGAACUAUAUUUUGGGAAGAUUAAUAAAAUAAUC